UACUAGACAAGGCUGCUGUUUGGUUCUUGCUGUAGCGGCGGUUUAGUUUGACUCUCGCGUGCUUUCGUAAUCAGUGUAUUAGGCGAUUGUUGGCAGUUUUUUUAGAGUUAUGGCUAAAGUAGACCCAGUUGAAGAUCUCAAGGGCACUUUGCAAGAAAUGUGCGUUCAAUUGCGAGAGGAUCAUGUGCCGUACGAGUUCGUGGAAGGCUUCAGCCUGGAAGAUUUCCAGCCGAAACUUGUUAACGCAGUUGACAGAAUUAGCCUCAAUGCCAGGAGGAUUUGCUUUGCCUUUUCUGAGCCACCGAUCCCAACUCAGACAGAAGUGGCUGGCCUGAUUGCCCGUAUGAAGAAGGCCUGCACUGAUGUUCUUGCAGUCUUUGCCGAGCUGCCACGAUCUCAAGGUUGCACGCUGAGAAGAGGUGUUGCAGGCCACCUGAAUGAACUCUAUGAUGCUGUUGAAGAUUUUGUUUCAGCCAUCAACUCUGAGAGUGAGUGUUGCCUUCAAGCAGCUGGUAAAUUGUGGGAAAAAUGUGAUGCCAUAGAAAGGAUCCCAAAAGACAACAAGGAAGCUGUUUGUUCUGUUCUCUCCAGCCACUACGAGUUCAUCCAAGAUGCUGUUAAUGAGAUACAUGAGUCGAUGGAGGAAGAUGAAGCACUGGCACUGGAUCUGCAACGUAUGCCUGCCCGCAAUGGCCUCAACCAACCACGUUUCACUUGGUCUCCACAGGAGAGGGCAUUGCUUAACCCAGGCAUAGGACUUGCAAAGACAUUCCGAAUCACCAUGCGCAAAGUGAGCGCAGCAGUGGACUCCCAUGGUCGGUGCAUAAGCAUGCAGGAGAAUGAAGAAUUGGACAAAAUAGCUGAUCUGUUUCGGGUUUCUAGCUCAUUCAUGGAUGACUUCGUCACAACACUCUACCCCCCUAUUACUGCAACAGCUGUCCAAGAAAAUGGUGCUACACUGAAGGCACAUGUACUGAAUAUGCUGAACACAACAAAGGAUAGCCACUUCUACAAUAGUGCUGAAGAAGACUGGGUCGAGUUUCUGGAGCAUGCUACAGAGCACAACUACCAGAAUCUGCUCUCACGUAUUGAUGAUCUUUAAGUGUUGAAAGCGAGUCUUGCAAUGAGUUUUGCAAGUUUUUCUUAUUUUUGAUAUUGCAGCUGUUUAUUGUGUAAAUAAGGGCCAGAAUGUUGUGCCUGGUUGUUGUGUAAAUAAAGGCAAGACACCUUUAUCAGGUGUGAAA